UGUGAGGAGUGUGUGAUUAUGGGGCACAAAUGAACACGGUGUGUUGUGUGUCUGAGACAGUGCUACAGAUGAUCGACUCCCCCUUGUCGUUACAGCAGACACCUGCUGGAGCACCUCUGCCUGUAUGACUACGACUGGAGAGAAGGAGAAGAGACAUAAAGAGAGAUGAGAGAAGAGGCUUAUGAGGCUUUCUAAGCCUCGGCCAAAAUGUGAAAUUUAUUUGAGGAUUUUGAAAAAGGUCAAGACUAGAGAUUAUACAAGAGGGGGGUAUUAGUAUAUGGCCCCCCCAACGGGAGUGGAUUUGAGAAUGGGCCCUGUCUGGCUCCUCCUGUUGCUGCUCACGCCCCUCCUUUCAGCGCAGGUUAGCAUAGUUUCUGAAUUGGGGACUACAGCCGAGUCAGAGGACCCAACGUCGUCCGUUGUGAGCGCUACAGGGGAGUCGGGCACCCCCUACAGCCCCGAUCCCUCAGGGUCGGUCACGACCCCCUCGGAAGCCCCAGAGGAGGACUGGACGCCGGCAGAGGUCUUUCUCUACAGCGGGGACUACUCCGCCUUGGAGAUAGUGGAGUGUGACCGGGCGUACAGUCUCACGGGUCAGAACGGCCCCCUGCCGCGGGGGUUCUAUGUCCCCCUCCGACCGUCCAUGGACGCCCUGGCCAACACGGCCAACUUCCUCAACAUGAUCUUCCAGGCCAGCGACCUGCGGGAGAGCAGUGUGCGAGAGGACAUGGAGUGGUACCACGCCMUGGUGCGCGCMCUUCUGGAGGCCGACCCCCUCAUCCGGCAGGCCCUCCUYACCUUUGAYGCCGACCCAGCCUCCACYRCCCCSCAGCUYGUGCUCCGCGCCUCCCGGAACCCUGCCCCCCCCAGGUACCAGARCAUCCUCCUCCAGGACCUCUCUAGCCAAUGGGAAAGUCUGCACCUCCCGGCCCCCGCACCCGACGACACCUGGUUCAGCAGUUUCAAGUUUCCCGCCUCCUCCAAMCAGCCCACCUCRRCCCUAUCUAAAAGAGUCCUCCUCAAUGACCUCAGCACCCUGGACACGCCCAAAUGGGGGCGGGGCGAUAGCUACGUGACCAAUCGCAGCGGGGUGCGCUGGGCCAAUGGGCCAUUCCUAGAGUGUGAGGACGGCCGGUUCCUGCCGGGCUGGCUGCUCACCCUAUCCACUUCCUUCUACGGCCUGAAGCCCGACCUCAGCCCUGAGUUCAGGGGUGUAAUCCGUGUGGAUGUAAACGUACAAGGCUUUGAUGUGAACCAGUGUGCCAYGGGGGACGCUUGGUUUGCCAACACACACCAGUGCAACCGCACCACCAUGGAGUGUGAGCCAAUCACAGGCCAGGGAUUCAGAUUGGGCCAGUACUGCUGUCGCUGCAAAGAGGGAUACUACAGCCCCCCAAUGGAUGGUAAAGAAGACACACAGGCUUCAUCCCAAAUGGCACCCUAUUCCCUUUAUAGUGCACUACUUUUGACCAGGGCCCACAGAYGUAUUGUCGUCACUGUCCAGCUGUCUUUGUUUCUAUCCCCGUGCGUGUCUAAUACAGAAGGUGGUGCYCUGAACRACAGCGGUGGGGAGGGRGGURGCRUGUGUUACCCGGCCCUGCCCAUCUGUCUCCCCUGUUGGCCGGGCUGCAGGCGCUGCGAGGACGGCACCCCCUGUUGGGUAGAGGAGGACCGGUUCCUCAGAGCCGGGGUGCUGGCCGUCCAGGGCUUCUUCAUGCUGCUGGUGUUCAUCAGCAUGCUGGUGGCCUACCAGUUCAGACGCAGCAGGAGGAUCCGGGCAUCGGGUCUCCUGCUUUUGGAGACCAUCCUGUUUGGCUCUCUGCUCCUGUACUUCCCGGUAUUCAUCCUGUACUUCAAGCCCAGCACCUUCCGAUGCAUCCUGCUUCGCUGGGUGCGACUUCUGGGCUUUGCCAUAGUCUAUGGAACGGUAACACUGAAGAUAUAUAGGGUUCUCAAGGUGUUCCUGUCGCGCACAGCCCAGAGAGUGCCCUACAUGUCCAGCAUACACCUGCUGAGGUUGCUGGGAGUCAUGGUUGUGACCGUCAGCUGGUUCCUGUGUGCGUGGACCGCRGGCGUUCUACAGAACCGUGACCGUAACGUCCCGUUACUGAUCAUAUCGACCACGUCGGAUGGUCAGGGCUUCAGCCUCUGUGACCUGGACCGCUGGGACUACAUGAUGGCCGUGGCCGAGCUGAUGUUUCUGUGCUGGGGCAGUUUACUGUGCAGUGCUGUGAAGCCAGUGCCCUCAGCCUUCCACGAGCCUCGCUACAUAGGUAUCGCCAUACACAACGAGCUGCUGCUAUCAUCCAUGUUCCACCUGCUACGGUUUGUCAUGCCCUCUCUGCAUCCUGACUGGAUGCUGUUGCUGUUCUUCACCCAUACGCAUGUCACUAUCACCGUGACACUUGCCCUGCUCUUCAUACCCAAGUUCCUCCAUGUGUCGAGGGCGGGGAGAGAGGAGAUUGCAGAGGAAGUGUAUGAGGAUGAGGUGGACUUGCGGCGAUCCGGCUCGUACCUCAACAGCAGUUUUACCUCAGCAGUUUGGAGUGACCACAGCUUGGACCCCGAUGACAUUCGGGAUGAGCUGAAGAAAUUGUAUGGUCAAUUGGAGGUCCACAAGACCAAGAAGAUGACAGCAAACAACCCCCACCUGCAGAAGAAGCGCAKCUCUCGGCGCGGGCUGGGCCGGUCCAUCAUAAAGCGUAUCACUGAGAUCCCAGAGUCCAUGAGYCGACAGUGCAGCCGUGAUGGCAAAGAGGUCAACYUGGGCAGCAGGGAUGUUACGCACGCCGAGUCCAGUAAGAGAGCGCCAGAUACUUUUAGCGUAAAUUACAAAGAUCAACCAGUAAAGCAGUCUUCACCAGUGCUGCGUAAAUCUCAAAGUGACUAUGACUAUGUAACCGAUAAAGACCCCUCCUUGCACGACACCAUGUUAAGGGCGAAUCUAGCUAAGAGAUGCUCACAGCGCUCUGAGACAGACUCGCUGGAUAUCGCACCAUUGGUCUGUAAGUCGGCCAGUGCCCAAAACCUUACAGUCGAUAACAAUCUCUUGUUUCCUGGACCUACCAAGCUACACAAGUCACUGAGUUUAGCGUCCACUAAAGCCCACAGUCUGGAAGACACCUACCGGGUUGGAAGAAAUACCCCAGGCGAGCAAGGGCAGUCCCAACAGGAUAUCGCUAUCAAGGACCAGACCUCAAGUGCCCUUGUGCAAUCCCAGUCUUAUGACAAGGCCGAAGUGUGUCCCUGGGAGUUGGCGGAGGAACGCCCUGCCAAUAAGAACCAGCCACACGUUACCUUUGCUCCCUCUGAGGAAGAACCACAGAGCCCAGAGAGUAUAUCAUCACCAAUACUGAAACAUAUUUGCCCCUGGGACCAUUUACCUGUUCCUACCCCAGCAGAAAGUCCUGCUGGGGAUUCACAAGGCGGAGAGGCAGAAUGCGAGUCCCCGAGACCCCAGGCUCCCAUCUCCACUAGUGUACCUGGGUCCCCAAAGGCUGCAAAGGACAUGCGGGCCUUCUCCUUCCGCACUUCCACCCAGAAAUGGCUCUCUGUGAAAUCUUUCGUAGGAUCUGUGGAUGCAAGCAUCAAGGAAAAAUCCAAAAAGGAGACAGCAGGAGAUACGGUAAAGAAACWGGACUCAAUAUCACRAAAAAGCCAGGGGAGUGUAGCCGCCAUCGCCGUCAUCGCAGCAUUAAAAUUAAAAACGCCAAGCAUUUCCAGCGCAGAAACGAAAUCACAAAGUGUUUCAAACUUGGAGAAGAAAUGUAGCGUUUCAAGCGUAGACAAGAGGACACAGCAAAAAAUAAGUAUGACAACAGGAGAUGCGAAACCUGUCCUCGUGAAACAGGCUGCAAUCAGACUGUCUUCAAGUGAUUCCUCUGAAAGAAGUCCUAGGAGAAUAGUGGUUGUACAGUCCACUGUCUAUCCCUGGGACUCAGAGGACAUGCAAAAGGACAGUGUGUAUGAAAACGUGUUCAUCUCAAGGGAAAGCACUGCACAUAGCACAGCUAAGACUCCUUCCACUCACAGAAGAGGUAGCCAAAUUAGGCCUGCUCUGAGUGUUUCCCAAUCAGAUAUUUGCCCAUGGGAUGUUCCUGCUUCCUCCCAGCAGGCCCCACAGAGACAACAGAGCACCACAGCAGACAUCUGCCCAUGGGAGGUGGGGGAACCAGAGGAGGAUCCAAAGGCGCCUGCACGUGCCAGUGUAUGUCCUUGGGAAUCAGAAGAAGUAUUUAAAAGACGGGAGAGUGUCCGGGGAGAUGUAUGCCCUUGGGAAGGUGAUGUUUCCACUAUCCCAAUUACCUCAGCGUCCAACCAGUCUGAGGAGAAACCAGAGGGUCUGAACAAGAAACCAACAGAUGUAUGUCCUUGGGAAACUGAUGAAACGCCACAGAUUUCUCACGGCCUGAAACCCCAAAAGAGUGUACGGGUUGAUGUCUGCCGUUGGGAUGUGGGGGAUUCCUUCCCUGAAAAAGUAAAGGUGCCGAUUAUUUAUGAAAAUGUUAAUCCACAGGAGGACAAGGGAUUACGUAAUGCGCCACCAAAAUGUCAGGAGACAAUACAUGCCAAUGUCUGUCCAUGGGAAUCUGAAGAGACCCCUAAAUCCCAAGACGGUGUACGGGAGAAUGUCUGUCCUUGGGAAUCAACAGACACGCCAAGCAUUGGGAAACAAGAUGUACAAACAAAAAGCACAGAGCAAGCUAAAUCUGCCCCUGAAAAACUAAGUGUCCCCUUAGCAAAAGCAUGUCCAUGGGAAUUCCCUGACCCACCAAAAGAUUUGACAGUACUUUGUCCUUGGGAAGAGGAGAGUCCAAUGCCACCCAUAACCAUAAAGAUCACCAAAACAUCAUUUUCCCAGGAGACCACUGUUGCAAAAACAGACAUUUGUCCAAGGGACAUUGGAGACCAAGAAAAGACAGAUGGAAAAGACGGCCCUUGUACAAAUGUUUGUCCUUGGGAAACUCAAGGCAGAACUCAAGCUGAUCCAAAAGAGACUGACAGCAUUCGAGUAAAUAUUUGUCCUUGGGAGACUGAGAAAACAGAGAAAACAGAGCAGCAAGACAGCACUCUGGCAAUUGUCUCCAUGGAAACAGGAAAGACUAAACGACAAGACAGCGUUCUAGCAGAGGUUUAUCGUUGGGAAACUGGGGCAAAUGAUGAGCCAGACAAGACAAAAAGACGAGAUGGCACUCAAACGGACGUUGGUCCACGGGAAACUGAGGAGCCAAAAAAGACAGAGGAGAAAGAUGGUGUCAAAGUUGAUGUUUGUGCCUGGGAAACUGGAGAGACUGACAAGACAAAUGGACAAGACAGUACUAAAGCAGAUAUCUCCAAGGAAACACAAAAAGAGAAAAGACGAGACAGUGUUCGAGUUAAUAUUUGUCCUUGGGAAACUGAUGUCCCCGAAGAACCAGAAAAGAUGAAAAAGCAAGACAGUGUUAGGGCAGAUGUUUGUGUAUGGGAAACUGGUCCAGCUGAAGAGUCAGAAAAUACUAAAAGCCAGGACAGCACCAAGGCAGACAUUUGUCCAUGGGAGACCAGGGAUCCUAUAGAACCAGAGAAGAUAAAAAAGCAAGAAAGUGUUCAAGCAGACAUUUGCCCAUGGGAAACUGAUGAACCAGAAAAGUCUGCAGAGAAAGAGGAAACUAUCCUUGCCAGUGGCAGACAGGACGUCACAGAGACCCAGGGUGCACUCUCUAUGGAACAGGGCGACGCUGCAGAAUCUGCAGCCGGCAGCACGCAGGGGGCAGAGGCGACCAAAGCUAACGUGCCCCUGGCUCGGCGUGAUGCUAUGUGCCCUUGGGAGAUGGAAGGGACCAAACCACCAUCAUCCCCCUCAUCCAUCACGGAACACGACAAUAACUCUGACAUUUUUACAUGGGAUCCUGAAAACAUUCCUGAAGAGGAAGAGGAGGAAGACGAUGCCGAAAGUGCUGCAGAAGCCUUCGUCUUCCCAUCCGACUUGUAAACGCCAGGCCUGUCAGUUACUGGCUAGAACAAGAAUGGUCUCAGUGGGUUGUUACACCCGAUUCACUGACUGGGUCACUGUGCAAAGAUGUCCUAUAGCAGGGGGGGUAAUGAAUCGGACAUGACCUCUGCAAACCUGAAUGUAGCAAAGGCCCCUGGACUGUCCAUCCAUAACACUCCCCAGAAAGACACUGCUCCACAAGCAAUACGUCCCUGGGCCAGGAUCUGCAAAAGCUCUGCCCACCAGAGGUACAUUUACCCUCCCAAGUUCUCAAUUAGAGAAAGCGUCUGGAUGCAGUCCCUCUCCUUCUUCUUACCCUUUUUAGAAAGGUAUAUUGUUUUCUGUGUCUUUGUGUGUUUAUAAGUGACACUGCGGUCUUCUGUAUCACACAGUUAAAACCCCAUUGCCAUGGCUGUAAAAGGUUGACAAUGUGUUUAAAAAGUAACAGCCUGAGCCUUACGAAGCUGGUGAUAAAUCCUUAUAGACACACAGGGAUAUAAUCUACACUAGACCAGUGCUCCUUCAGGUUAACCUGGAAGCACAUCCAGCAGUUUGGAAAUCACUGAUUACAACGGUGGUGAUGCAUGUCCUUUUGUUGCCUGCUAUAAACACAUUCCAAACUAUUUAAGGACAGCUUUCCAGCUGUAAUAUUUAUCUGUGCUUUUUCAAAGUCAAUUGUGUCAAUUACACAGUCGUGGCUACAAGGAUAUCAAAU